AUGAAAUGCAAAUUCCAAGACAACCUUGAAUUCAUGCAAUGGGUCAAGCGAUUCUGGGAUCAGAAUUUUCCUGGUGGAGAAUACGAUGCUGUUCAGCGCAGAAAAGGUGGUGGGCCCUCUUCUGCUUCUACUAGGAGCCCAGCAGUUGGUCGCUCAUCUGCUGGCGCCGGUGCUGCUGCAAGCAUGGCACGCAGAGCAGUAAAUAAUAACAGUCCUGCAGCUGUAAGCGCCAAUCGUACACCCACUGGUAGAUUAUCGUCUGCCAAAAAUAGAGCUGGACCCACAGAUAUAGCUAGAAUCAAUGAUUUGAAAGCACAAGUAACUGAACUCAAAGUAACAGUUGAUGGAUUAGAGAAGGAAAGAGAUUUUUAUUUUGGAAAAUUGCGAGAAAUUGAAAUCUUGGUUCAGGAACAGCUGGAGAAUUCGCAGGGAGAUACAGAUGGUGAAUGCAUCAAAGAGAUUCAGGCUAUUCUUUACAGAACAGAGGAAGGAUUUGAAGUACCACCUGAAGGCGAAGGCGAAGAUGAUGAACAAUACGAUGAUGAAACAUUUUAA